CCUUGCCGCGAGUCAUUGCUCCCUUUCCCCCUCUUUCCCCUCCGCCCCCCUCGUCUUGGGGCGUGCGCGUGAGGGAUGGCGGCCAACUCGACGCCGGCACCAAGGCUCCGCUCGGCUCCCGCUCCAUAUUAUUAUAUAUCCGAUUUGGCGAGCGGCAUUCCCAUUCGGGUCGGGUACGGACCCGCACAAAUUGGCUUCUCUAUUCUCUCUCUCAACCUCUGUACCCGAAUCGGAUCGGGCUCGAACGCACCGCACCUGUUUCGGAAAGGAACGGGUACUCGCGCCACCGCCGCCGCCUCAACUAUGGCGCCGGCGUUCUCGGCGCACAUCCCCGCGCUCCGACGUGGAGCGCUGUGCGUGCGGUGGGUACCCGCGGCGCUGUUCUCGUCGGGGAUGCUCGCCGGCGACAAGCCCAUUCUGGUGCGCGACUUCGUGAGGUCUGCGCUGUACGACCCCAACCAUGGCUACUUCUCCAAGCGGGCGGGACCGGUGGGCGUGCUCGACGCCAGCAUCCGUUUUAAUCAGCUCGAGGGGAGGAGUGCUUAUAUGCAGCAUCUUGAUAAGCUGUAUAAGAAGCAUGAUAUUGCUUGGUUUACUCCUGUGGAACUCUUUAAGCCAUGGUAUGCCUACGCAAUAGCAGCAUCGAUUCUGCGUACAGCAAAUCUUUCAGUCCCGUUGAAGAUAUACGAGAUUGGUGGUGGUUCUGGGACAUGUGCAAAGUGCAUACUUGAUUACAUGAUGCUUAAUGCACCGCCCAAAGUUUACAAUGAUAUGAAAUACAUCUCAGUAGAGAUUAGCUCCUAUCUUGCUGAGAAGCAAUUGGAAACUGUUGGCGAAGUGCAAAGCCAUUUAUCGAAGUUUUCAGUGGAGCACCGCGAUGCGACUUACAGAUCUGGAUGGGGCCGCAAGGAUCCACAUCCAUGUUGGGUCCUCAUGCUUGAGGUACUUGACAAUCUACCUCAUGACCUCGUCUAUUCACCAGAUCAGGUCUCUCCAUGGAUGGAAGUGUGGAUUGAAAAAAUAAACGGCAGUUCACAAGCCUCCGAAGUCUAUAAGCCACUACAAGACCCAUUAAUUUCCCGCUGUGUUGAAAUUACUGGCAUGAAUGAAGACAAAGCUUCUGUAAGUGAAAAACUAGCAUUUGCUGCGAAAGGAGUUCUAUCAAAAGUACUUCCAAAGCCUCGUAGAGCUUGGUUGCCGACUGGAUGUUUGAAACUAAUGGAUACUUUACAUCAAGCUUUACCAAGCAUGUCCCUUAUUGCUUCAGACUUCAGCUAUCUUCCAGAUGUUAGCAUACCUGGUGACAGAGCUCCACUGGUUUCAUCAAAGAAGGAUGGGAAAACAUCAGAUCAUUGCAACUACCUGGAUGCUCAGGGUGACGCAGACAUCUUCUUCCCAACCGAUUUCCGGCUCCUGGAGCAGAUCGACCAUCACUGCUCUGGCUUCUCGAAAGAGCAGAAGAACCCUGGCGCAUUUAAGCCUGUGAAGAAGAGGAGGACAAUUAUACUUGAUACUGCAGCGUUCAUGGAGGAGUUUGGCCUGCCAUUGAAGACAAGGACCAAAGAUGGGUAUAAUCCGCUUCUUGAAGAUUUCAAGAACACGAAGUUCUAUCUCAGUGUUCCUACCCACAACAGGAAGUAGUUGUCCUCUGCUGCUGCGUCAAGUUCGCUGGUCAGGACAAGACACAUCUGCCACAAUGAAUAGACUCCAAGCCCAGUCUACUCGAUUGGAGUCCACAAGCGAACUUGACCAGCGAACUGAACAGCACGCCUGUCCAUUGCUAUACAGCUUGGAGUCUUGUCAAGCUUCAUGGAACCGUACUUUCCGCAGGCCUUCUUUCAGUGGUUGCACAAUUUAUUGUCUGGCCACAAAAGGCUCUACUUUUUUUAUAUUAUUUUUGACAUAAGAAAAUGCAAAAGGUAGAAGAGUGAAUAAUGUCGUGAUACGAACCGAUAAAUUCCGUGCAUCAAGGCUAUUUUUUAUGCCUCGCUUCUUCAAGUACAAGCUGUAAGGCGUAAGCUAUUUAUUUUCACGCUACGCUGUUCA